AUGAAGGGGCUCGGGUGCGACGCGAGAUUCGUGUGCGCGCCGGAGCCGGCGCCGCUGAAGUCGACCGCCGCGGCGUUGGAAACCCUCGGGAUCAUACCCAGAGAGACGCCGCCGUGCGAGGAGCACGCAGGGAAAAAAAGGAGAAAGAAAACGGCCGAAACGGCCGCCGCCGCGAAGAAGGGAUGCGAAACGUCGACCGUCGCGAAACGCGCCGCCGCGAAAGACGCCGCGGAUGACGUCGUCACGCACUGGUGCGAGGUGCUCUGCGUCGCGCCGCCGACCGCGGACACGCCGUACGUCUCGAACCCCGACGCGCCGCGCUGGGUCUGCGUCGUGCCGCACACGGUCGGGGUUACGUCUUCGAACGCGAGGUGGUCGUUUCACGGCGGCGGCGCGAGCGUCGACGCGGUCGCGGACGUCUCGGCGGGGAGAGUCGCGUCGAGGGCGCUGCGUUACGUCCUCGCGUUUCGAGCGAAAAACGUUUCUUCAGGGAGCGUUACCUGGAGCGCGAAGGACCUCACGCGGAAGUACGCGCCCGUGUUGUCGCAGACGAUACCGCACCGCGUCGAGCUGCCGUGGUGGCUGGAGACGACGAAGGCGAUGCUCGAGAGAGAGCGCUCGAUGGACGACGGCGGCGGCGGCGCGGCGGCGGCCGGGACUUCGACCUCGACCUCGACCUCGACCUCGACCUCGACCUCGACCCCCGCCGCGAUCGCGAGCGCGACGGAGGACGCGGAGAUGGACAAAAAAGCCGCGUGCGAGCGCGUCCCGUCCACGCUGAGCGAGAUCAAGAACCACCCGCUGUGGGUCCUCGAGCGGUUUCUCCCGGCGAACCAGGUGGUCUACCCGCGCGAUCAAGUCAAAGGGUUCAUCCAAGGCGAAUUCGUGUUCCCCCGGUCGCGCGUGCAGACGCUGCGCAGCGCGGACCGAUGGAAAGCAGAGCGACGGCGGACGGUGAAGCCCGAUGAGCUCACGAAGCCGGUGACGAAGAUUCACAGCCGACGCGCGAGGGCGGCGAUCGCGGCGAGGGACGCGGCGCGACGCCGCGCCGCCGCCGCGGCGACGGCGGCGGCGUCUGGGGUCAACGCGGGUAAGCGCGUGGCCGCGCGUCGCAAGGGCCCCAAGUCCGUGGAAGAGAAAGCCGCGGAGACGAAAGCGAAAGACGGCGGCGGCGGCGGCGGCGGCGACGGCGACGACGACAUCCCCGGGGACGUCCCUCUGUACGGGGAGUGGCAGACGGUGGAGUAUCAUCCGCCCGCCGCGGCGAACGGCGUCGUCCCGAAAAACGAACGCGGCAACGUGGACUUGAUCGGCGGCGCGUUGCCCCCGCCCGGGACCGUCCACGUGUCGCUGCCUCGUAUAACGCGCGUCGUUCGAGCGUUACGCGGGAUUGAUUUCGCCGCCGCGCUCGUCGGGUUCGAGUACCAGCGCGGCGGCGCGGUCACGCCGAAGUUUGACGGCGUCGUCGUGUGCGAGGAGCGCGAGGAGGACGUGAGGGACGCGUGGCGCGCGGAGGAAAAGAAACGGCUGGAGGGCGAGCGUUUUAAGGAGUUACGGGAAGCCGCGAAGCGGUGGCGGUUGUUACUCAGCGCGGUGUGGACGCGGCAGAGCUUGCGCGAGGAGUUUGGGAUGGACGACCGCGGCGGCGGCGGCGGCGGCGGCGGCGAGCGCGACGAGGACGAGGACGACGACGACGACGACGCGGCGGCGGCGACGGCGCGGCGCGUCGCGGCGCUGACCGACGACCUCGACGGCCACGGCGGGAGCAGGAAGAAGCAGAAGACGUGGAUUCCCGCUUUCGCGGAGGUGGAGUACGUGUGA